UGCCUGUCUGUCGGGGAAGCAGGCAGACGGGAACCUGAGAGCCCGUGAGCAGCUCCAGCCUCCGCGCGCAGAGGCCCCGCUGAUCCCGCCGAAGCGAUUCCCGUCCCGACGCCGGGGCCAGCCGCCGAGAUGUCGACAAGUGGGCCUUCUGUUUCCGGUGCUGCCUCUGGCAGUAAUCGCCGUCUUCAGCAAGCACAGAAUCAAGUAGAUGAGGUAGUGGACAUUAUGCGAGUCAAUGUGGACAAAGUUCUGGAGCGAGAUCAGAAACUUUCUGAGUUGGAUGACCGCGCUGAUGCCCUGCAAGCAGGGGCUUCCCAAUUUGAGACAAGUGCGGCCAAACUGAAGAGGAAGUACUGGUGGAAGAAUUGCAAGAUGUGGGCGAUACUAAUUACUGUUGUGGUUGUCAUCAUCAUCAUCAUUAUUGUGUGGAAUAUUUCUUCGUGAACAGCCGGUGAAGCUCAGACCUGUGGUUUGAGAAACGUCAUCAAGUCUUUUGACUUAAGCCUGCUGUAUUAUCAAAUUUAUGUACUGUUAUAUAUAAAACAGAAUUAUUUUUGUUGGUUAAUGUAAAGUUCGUAUUAUAGGAAAUUGCCUUUUUAAUAUAUAUGUAUAAUACAUAUAUAUAUACACACACACACACAUAUACAUAUUACACUCCUAAUUAGAAAUGUCAGUAGCCCAACUCACAUUUUGUACAGUGCCUUGAUAAACUACCAUAUGGGCUGAUGAAGAAGACUUCUUAAGUUCCGGAGUUUCAUGACUUAGAUGUAAUGUUGCCAUUGACUUUCUAGAAACAGAGUUUAAAAAAAAUUUUGUUCAAGCCUGCUUUCCUCUUCACAUGAAUUUCGUAUUUUCUAAUCCACAUUUUAAACCAAUGAAUAAUCAGAUGUACAAUGUGUGCCUUCCUGCUGCUUAGCACAACUCUGCCAAGUUGAACAGGCCGUGCCUUAUUUUGAUAUUUUUCUGAUGCCUUAUCAAAUAACCCGCUAUCCUUUGUAAACACUACUGAAUGUUUUUCAUUGUGUUUCACGUCAGAUAGUGAUAAAAUGUGAUGGUGUGAUUCACCUUUAAAACGUUGGCAAGAGGAUUUCUGAGUCAUUGGUGAUGAUGUGUAAAAUGUACUGUGGAUAGUACCAAAAUUUCUAUUUUUGCCAAAACAUUACAUGCCAGUAAAGAUUCUUAGCCUGUCCCAGUUAAGGCACGUUUGUCGUAGCUUAAGAAAGUGCCAAAUGGAAGUCAGAGUUCCAGGAGAAUGAGAAUAUUGACAUUGCGUUCAAACUUUGUAUUGCCUCACAAAACCUCCUUUCUUUCUGUGAAGUGCUUUAGUUACUGUGUUUCUGCUUGGGUUUUUCCCUAAGAAGCCAAAUCAGAAGUGAAGUGGAAGCUGUCUGCUCCUCUGCACCUCCACCAUGUUCUCCAUCUACAGUGUUUUAUCUGGUAGUCUGCGGUAUGAACAACCACCUCUGGCAUGUUGCUAAGAAUUAGGUGUCAACUCUGCGGCACCGAGUCAGACUAUUCAUGACUUUGACUGAUAGUUCUUGGCCCCAGUUACGGUUGGUUGUACGUUUUUCUUGUUAUUCCCAGUUCUCACUCCAUUUCCCAAAUCAGACUUCUAAAUUAUACUUUCUUAUUGCCCUUUGAGGUAGCCAGUGGCACUUUUUACAUGGGAGAGAUGCACAGGAAAUUGGGAUUUUUUCAUAUUAACCAAUUGUGUGUCCAAAAGGUUACUUUGAAAAUAGCUAGUGUUAUUUAUUUAUUUAUUAGUUAUUUCAGGUUUCAACCAUCACACAUGCAUCAGUUACUCUUCUGAAAUACACCAAGUCUCUUUCCACAUCAGAACACAUGAUCUGAACAAGGGAUUAUAUGGAUAGAUGAAAUAGCCACAGGAGAUCUUAGGGCAAAAUUGAGAUCUCAGCAUAAUGUUACUCGUUCUGACAUUGCGAUUCAGUUGUUUGCAUAUCGCAUAACAAAACUUGUGACAUAAAGGGCAAAUGAGAGUUCAGUUCUCUUAACGUCUGUUCCUUUGCUAUCACUGAAAUAUUUUAUCUUUAUGUAAAAGCAACUUGUGCUUUGUGCAGCUCUAGCGGGAGAGCAGCUGUCAGUUUACCAAGUAUCACCAAUACCUUUGCAGACACUUCCCUGUCUGGUUGUAACUCGAACACUUUGGUGCUCCUUCCUUUGUCUUGGCAUCUAACCCUGUUUAACCUACUAGUUACUGCCUUAAACCAGGAAUUCUUUGCCUAUCUCUGACCAUGUGUUUAAAUCCGGGCCCUCCCCUACUGUAAUGUGCUGAAUAAAAUGUUUAUGGAUGUAA